CGCAACCGCCCGGCUGGAUGCUCCUCCAUUCCCUCCGAGCCCGUAGAGCCGUCCAAGAACCCGUGGAAGUGCCCCCAUUGCCCAUUUAUCCAGCACUCUCGCCGCUCCCCGGACCUGAAGCGGCACAUCGCCACCCACGCCCAACCUGAGAUCUCGUGGACGUGCCGCGGCGUACCACUGCGCUAUGCCGACGACCCGGUCCACACUCGGACGCCGGUUCCGAUGGAGGAGGUCUGGGCGGCGGUGGAAUCUGGGCGGGCGAUCGUGGGCGGGUGUGGGAAGACGUUCUCGCGCAAGGAUGCGCUCGCGCGGCACCUGAGGAACCGGCACCUGUCGUGCGCGGGCAGACAGGCGGUGGAGGAAUGGCACAUGUGUUGCGGCGACGACGCGGAGAAACCCUAG